GGUGAAAGGCCACAUUAUAACUCAUAGUCAUAUUCCAUAAUCAAAGAAGCUUGGUGGGUACUCCGGUAGUAUACAACUCAUUAUUCUGAUCCUGAUCCGGCUCUUUCUGUUGGUGAUGCUCGUGGCUUCCCUUUUUAAUCAGUGGCGUGUUCCGGACCCAGGGAAAUACAAAUUUCUGCCAACUUUUUCUUCUUCCCUCAUGUCACACUCACACUCGUUCAACCCAAACCCUAUUGUUUGCUAUAAACAACGAUGACAGUCCUGGGAUUUCAUCAUGGCUGCCAUAGGAAGAUAUAAUUGCCUUGGUAGUAUUUCACAUCGUUUAUUUGAUCCUAUAAAGUCGGCGCUUUAAGUUUUGAUAUAGAAACCCAUCCAGUAAUCGCGACUAGAACUAUGGAACAUCACGAAGAACUUCUUACCUGGGCGACCGACCAAGGUGUUAGACUUAAUGGAAUCACACCAAAACGAAUCCCCGGAAGGGGUAUUGGUCUCAUUGCAACUCGGGCGAUUAAGCCCGAUGAGGCCGUGCUUGAAGUAUCUACUGCUUGUUUACGAUGCAUAGACACGAUUCGCAAGCCGGUGAUCCGUCAUCUUCCAAAAACCAUGUCUGUCCACGGCUUACUAGCUGCCGACCUAGCUCUAGAUGCAUCCUCCAAGUAUGCUCUCUGGAACGCAGUGUGUCCGACGCCCGAUGACUUCUUCGGCAUGCCCCUGGUCUGGCCGCGAGAACUGUGCGCUCUACUUCCCUUAGCAGCACGGGAAAUGCUUUCCAAGCAAGAAAUCAAGCUAGCCCGUGAUUGGGCCGCAGUAUCGGCGGCGUUUCCGCAACAGGAUCAGCUCGAAAAGACCCAGUACCGAUACGCUUGGAUGCUUGUGAAUACGAGAACUUUCUACUAUAUCAACACAAAACUGAGCAAGAGAAAAUCCAAGGAUGACCACAUGUGCCUACAGCCCGUAGCAGAUCUAUUCAACCAUACCGAUGAAGGGGGUUGUAAUGUGGCCUUUGACCACGAAGGUUUCACAAUUAAGAGUUUACGUCCCUAUGCUAAAGGGGAAGAGGUUAAGAUCUGUUAUGGUAGGCAUAGUAGCGACUUCUUGCUUGUUGAAUAUGGAUUCGUGAUGGACGAUAACCGAUGGGACGAGGCACUGCUUGAUGAUGUGUUACUUCCACGACUAAGCGAUCGACAAAAGGAUAAGCUAGAGGAAGUUGGUUUCCUCGGGAAAUAUGUCCUUGAUAAGGAGACGGUUUGUUAUAGGACGCAAAUCGCCGCAAGGUUGCUCUGCUGUGGGUUUAGGGAGUGGAAGAGGUUCGUAGACGGGGUUGAUGAUGGGGAGUGCAGUCAGAAAGCAGCAGAUCACUUGAUAUUGGAGCUUUUAAGGGAACAGAAGCAGAAAGCUGAAAAGACCAUUUCUGAGGUUGAAGCUUUGAGUGUUGGUGAGCCGGAACAAAGGGAGAUGCUGGUUAAGAGGUGGAAACAGAUCCAGGAUUUGCUUGAUGCGAAUAUUACACGUCUUAUAAAAGAAACGAAAUAUAUCUAGAUCAGCUUAUUUGAUAGAAGG